GCGCGCAAGCUCCCCGGGCCCAGUAGGCUGGGGGUGGGGGAAGAAGGAGAAGGAGGGGAAGGGAGGGAGGGUUGGGUGUCUACUCUGGUGAAUAGACGGCUGUGGGGCAUAGAAGCGUGAAGGCCUGGCCGCCGGGCAGGUGAACUCUGCACGGGGUCUAGGGCCCGCGGAAGGGUUCGAAACCGAGUCAGCGCGCCUUGCGAGUAGGAUUCACGGCACUGUGACCCGGAGGUCCUCAGGGGGCAAAGCCCCGGCCUAGGCCCCGCGGAGAUGCCCAGCUGCGGUGCUUGUACUUGCGGCGCGGCUGCCGCCCGGCUCAUCACCUCCUCACUCGCCUCCGCGCAGAGAGGUAUUUCUGGUGGUCGCAUUCGUAUGUCAGUUUUAGGAAGGCUUGGGACAUUUGAAACUCAGAUUCUGCGAAGAGCUCCUCUUAGAUCCUUUACAGAAACACCAGCAUACUUUGCCUCAAAAGAUGGGAUAAGUAAAGAUGGUUCUGGAGAUGGAAAUAAGAAAUCAGCGAGUGAGGGAAGUAGUAAGAAAUCAGGCUCUGGGAAUUCUGGGAAAGGCGGAAACCAGCUGCGCUGUCCUAAAUGUGGUGACUUGUGCACACAUGUAGAGACCUUUGUGUCAUCCACCCGUUUUGUCAAGUGUGAGAAGUGUCAUCAUUUUUUUGUUGUGCUAUCUGAAGCAGACUCAAAGAAAAGCAUAAUUAAAGAACCUGAAUCAGCAGCAGAAGCUGUAAAAUUGGCAUUCCAACAGAAACCACCACCUCCCCCUAAGAAGAUUUAUAACUACCUCGACAAGUAUGUUGUUGGCCAGUCAUUUGCUAAGAAGGUGCUUUCAGUUGCUGUGUACAAUCAUUAUAAGAGAAUAUAUAAUAAUAUCCCAGCUAAUCUGAGACAGCAAGCAGAGGUUGAGAAGCAGACAUCAUUAACACCAAGAGAGUUAGAAAUAAGAAGACGGGAGGAUGAGUACAGAUUUACAAAAUUGCUUCAGAUUGCUGGAAUUAGCCCACAUGGUAAUGCUUUAGGAGCAUCAAUGCAGCAACAGGUAAAUCAACAAAUACCUCAGGAAAAACGAGGAGGUGAAGUAUUGGAUUCUUCUCAUGAUGACAUAAAACUUGAAAAAAGUAAUAUUUUGCUGCUUGGACCAACUGGGUCAGGUAAAACUCUGCUGGCACAAACCCUAGCUAAAUGCCUUGAUGUCCCUUUUGCUAUCUGUGACUGUACAACUUUGACUCAGGCUGGAUACGUAGGCGAAGAUAUUGAAUCUGUGAUUGCCAAACUACUCCAAGAUGCCAAUUAUAAUGUGGAAAAAGCGCAACAAGGAAUUGUCUUUCUGGAUGAAGUAGAUAAGAUUGGCAGUGUGCCAGGCAUUCAUCAGUUACGGGAUGUAGGUGGAGAAGGCGUUCAGCAAGGCUUAUUAAAACUACUAGAAGGCACAAUAGUCAAUGUUCCAGAAAAGAAUUCCCGAAAGCUCCGUGGAGAAACAGUUCAAGUUGAUACAACAAACAUCCUGUUUGUGGCAUCUGGUGCUUUCAAUGGUUUAGACAGAAUCAUCAGCAGGAGGAAAAAUGAAAAGUAUCUUGGAUUUGGAACACCAUCUAAUCUGGGAAAAGGCAGAAGGGCUGCAGCUGCUGCAGACCUUGCUAAUCGAAGUGGGGAAUCAAAUACUCACCAAGACAUUGAAGAAAAAGAUCGGUUAUUGCGUCAUGUGGAAGCCAGAGAUCUGAUUGAGUUUGGCAUGAUUCCUGAGUUUGUGGGACGGUUGCCUGUCGUGGUUCCAUUGCAUAGCCUAGAUGAGAAAACACUUGUACAAAUACUAACUGAGCCACGAAAUGCUGUUAUUCCUCAGUACCAGGCCUUAUUCAGCAUGGAUAAGUGUGAACUGAAUGUUACUGAGGAUGCUUUGAAAGCUAUAGCCAGAUUGGCACUAGAACGAAAAACAGGUGCACGAGGCCUUCGGUCCAUAAUGGAAAAGCUGUUACUAGAACCAAUGUUUGAAGUCCCUAAUUCUGAUAUCGUAUGUGUGGAGGUUGACAAAGAAGUAGUAGAAGGAAAAAAGGAACCAGGAUACAUUCGGGCUCCAACAAAAGACUCCUCUGAAGAGGAGUAUGACUCUGGAGUUGAAGAAGAAGGAUGGCCCCGCCAAGCAGAUGCUGCAAACAGCUAAACUGUCAUAUUGCUGUCCUGUAUAUACAGCUUUUCCUUCUUUUGUUUAGGAUCAUAAUUGUCUCUACAGUCUGAUAGUAAAGGCAUUGGAUCUAUCUUGGAUAUCAUACAUGGUCAGAGAAGCCUUUAGGGUAAGAAUCAGAUCAUGUAUAUUAUUGUAACAUCACAUUGAUUUUACAGAGGACGUUAUAUGGACUUUAAUGACACAAUGUUUAGAGAUAAAAUGUACAUUAUUUUGGUUCAGUUUUAAAAAAAAAUAUGCUUUAACAAAAUUCUUAGGAAUUCUUUUAAGCAAUGCAGGUAUUGCAGUAACUGUAGAUUUUACAAAAUGUUACUCUACAAAUGGGAAAAUAAAUUCUUUAAAAUUGAAUAUUGA